AUGUUCGCCAGCAACCCUCCGUUUCACGCAAAGAUGCCCCAUAGUGUGUCUCCAGAGCGGGCCAGCCAGGUUUCUGCCCCGGCUCUCCCCAGGCUGCCCAUUCCCAGGCUUCAGGACAGCUUGCAGCGGUAUUUGGACCGCUUGGAACCCCUUCAAAGCCCACAAAAUCACGUCAAGACUCGAAAUGCGGUAUUCGAGGCGGAUAAUCUACGUGUCCUCUCCCAGUUGAACCAAGAAUUACUGAAAUAUGACGAAGAACUGCAAACCGAAAACCCUACAUCCUCGUACAUAGAGCAGUUCUGGUACGACGCGUACCUGCAGUACGAUGAGUCUGUAGUACUGAACGUUAAUCCGUUUUUCGAGCUCCAAGACGACCCCACGCUUCGGCAGAUCGACGAUUAUGGGCCCUAUCGUAGCUCUUCCCGGCUGGUCAAAAGAUCUGCUAGGAUUGUGCAGUCUACCCUAACUUUUGUCCAGCAAAUUCGGUGUAAGGCGUUGAAACCCGAUACAGUACGGGGUACUUCGCUUUCCAUGGACCAGUACAGCGUUCUUUUCGGCUCAGCCCGAAUACCUCCAGACGCUACCAGUCAGUCUUGCCGCUUGCAAACCAGCGUUUUUUCAACCCACAUCGUAGUUCUCUGCAAGUCCAACUUUUAUUGGUUCGACGUUUUGGAUUCGCAGCACAAUCUCGUUUUCAGCGGCGAGGAGCUGGAGCGUGCCUUGUAUUCCAUUCUCCAAGAUGCAGCGCAGCCCAUCGACGAAACGCAUGCCAGACUUCCUUGGGGAGUCGUCACUACAGAAAAGCGCUCGAUAUGGUCGAACAUUAGAGACUAUAUGAUGAAGGGCCCUCUGCCAACAAACAGAAACAAUUUGCAGAUAAUCGACAGCGCAUUAUUCGUUCUAUGCCUGGACGACGUGCUUAUUGAGGGGCCCUUGGAAUUAGUUCAAGAGAUGCUUUGUGGUACUUCUGACAUAGAUUAUGAAAACUCGCAAGACGCGAUCAAAUCAGAGGUCCCGAUCGGUGUGCAGCGUGGGACGUGUCUCAACAGGUGGUAUGACAAGCUGCAGUUGAUUGUGACCCAAAAUGGCAAGGCCGGGAUCAAUUUCGAACACACUGGAGUGGAUGGCCAUACGAUAUUACGCUUGGCCACGCAUAUCUAUACCGAAUCCGUGCUUAGCUUUGCCCGCAGUAUAAGGCGCUCGCGCUCUGAUGAGGUUCCGCCACCUUUGUCUAGCUCAUCUGAUCAAUCCACAGUCAAGGUCCCUCGCAAGCUAGAAUGGCAGGUGGAUACCUACCUCAUCUCUUCUCUACAUUUCGCGGAAAUUCGACUUUCGGAUUUAAUCGCCCAAUUCGAUUUUGCGAGGCUUGAUUUUAGUGACUAUGGCACUUUCAAGAUUAAGUCCGAGUUCAAGGUCUCCCCCGAUGCGUUUGUGCAAAUGGCAAUACAAGCUGCGUACUAUGCCCUAUACCGGAAAUUUGAAGUAACAUACGAGCCUGCAAUGACGAAAGCAUUUCAAAACGGACGCACGGAGGCAAUCCGAACAGUAUCUCCACAGUCCAAACUCUUUGUGGAAACUUUUGAUCGCCAAAACGCCCCUAAGGAUGAACUGAGGCGUCUGUUUUCUGCUGCAUGUGCAAAGCAUUCUUCCGUCACUAAGCAAUGUGCUUCUGGAAUGGGACAAGAUCGUCACCUGUAUGCUCUUUACUGCAUUUGGAACGAGCGCCUACAAGCCGCACUACCGAAACCCAGUAUAUUCAAAGACGGCGGGUGGUCCUUACUGAAUACCAGCGUCAUCAGCACGUCCAAUUGUGGCAAUCCAAGCCUUCAAAGCUUUGGCUUUGGCCCCGUUUGUGCCAAUGGCUUCGGGAUAGGCUAUAUUAUGAGAGAUAAGACCAUCACCAUAGUGCUUACCUCGAAGCACCGACAAACGGCUAGACUUGCCUAUCUGCUUGAGCAGUUUUUUCGUGACAUCCGGCAACUUUAUGAGACUUCCAACAACGAAUGA